AUGGAGGAAACUGGGGCACGGCUAAGAAGAAAAAUGAAAGAGAUAAAUAUAAGACGUGACGAUCUGUAUGAAAAGUUAUGGAAGUCGUGUGCAGGACCUGUGGUUGAUGUUCGUGUUACUGGAGACAGAGUUUUCUACUUCCCUCAGGGUCACAUGGAACAAUUGCAAGCAUCAACCAUUCAGGAAUUGAACCAGGAAAUUACCCAUUUCAAUCUCCCGUUCAAGAUUUUCGAGCCACUAACAAAACAGAGACCUAAUAUUAAAGAAAUAAAUUUCAGGAUACAAGAAUCAUAUUAUGAUAAUCCCAGCUUCCAUUGUAACUGUGGCGAUCCAGAAUCAAUGUCACGUGGUUUUGAGGAUCCACUUCCUGGACUGAGAAGUUUUUCUGGUGUAAAGAGGAAGUUACCCGAGGACACAAGAAAAAAUGAUGUGGAGUGCUUUAAUACAUCCGAUGACUUGAUUUCCUCAAAUUGUAAAAGAAGCAGAUUAUAAGCAGAGUUAGAUGAUUAUAAGCUGUUCCCUACUCUCCCUCGAGGACUUGGUUUUAUAUUUUUGGCUGAUCUCUCAAAUGUGAGACGAUGUUGUCGUUGGAAAUUUAAUUGUAUGAUGUGAUACCACUUGUUGGAGAUGGAAUAAACAAACAGAACAAGUAUACUAGUAUCAAACUUUUACAAAGACAAAACACAAAGUGUUACAGCACUAUGUCUAAUUUUUUUCAAGGAUAACUCUUUGUCAAACUCUCUUUUCUUCUU